CCUCCGGAGCAGAAGGCGCCGCGGGAAGAAGACUGCCCCGAGCCCGGCCGGCGGUUUCCGCGGCAACCGGGCAGAGCUAGCCCAUUGUGACCGCUUGAGUCCGCUUGGCCCGGCCGAUUCAACCGCCGGGAGCUUCGGGCGAUGGAGAAGGCGCCGGAGGGACCCCCCCUGCCCGUCGUGACUUUCUUCCAGCCCCGCGACCACCAAGUACUGGUGCUGUACAGCCAGCAAACUUGCAGCGAAAAAGCUCUGAAGAGGUUUCUUCCCAAAAGCCACCUGGCGAAGGUGAUUAUCCAGGACAAUGUUAGCGUUCAGCGGAUCCAGGAGAUUAAGAAACAGCAAAUUGAAGGUCGGAAAAAGAAAGCCGAGAAUCUGUUGGAUCAGAUGAAAAGGAGGUUUCUCCAGAACCAGCAGAAAAAGACCUUCCGAUGGAAGAAAGAAUACAGCUAUUAUCAGAAAAUGUUGGAAGAGAUCGACCAGCGGAAUCAGAUGCGAGAGUUAGGCUCGACUUUGAUGAUGAAGGCAAGCCAGUCCAGUUCUGCAAAACCCGUGGACAAGCCAAGUCGACUCAGAUAACCGGAAUCACG